CGCGUAUCAGACAAUUGCAAGAGAAGUGAUCCGUGCUGGGCUCUCCGUGCACGAUGCAGCCUCGAGGCCGCGCGGACAUGCACAACGAGCCCUGUGUGAUUUUGGCCUCCAGAGAACCGCCAUGGCCGCCAGUGCCAGUCGACACCAGCGAGCCCACCGCCGCCAGUGCCCCCGCCGUCGCUGGACUUCGCUCGUAAACCCAUGAUCCGCCUAAAUGGCCUUGAUCAGCGUGAAAAGGAACCGCAUGCAUAUGCCUUCUUCGAGUUCAUUCUCAGCCGAGACAGCCUUGUAUCCCCCUUAUAGCACCGUCUCGUUCGCCUCCGACUAUCUCCUCCUCCGCCUUUCCCGGCCUGCCUCUCCCGAUGUGCUACGCUCUGGGCUCCAUCGAGCAGGCGACGGGGGUCUGCCCGAUGUGCAAGGUCUUCAAACCCGUGGGCGGUGCCCGGUGUCCCCAUGUGAGGGAAGUCUGCCGCAAUAGGGCAGCCCAUCCCCGAUGCGACGUAGUCUACCUCAAGAACGCGGAGGUACAGACCUUCAGUGGGUGUGGCUACUGCAAGUGGGCGGCCACCAGUCCCCCUCAGGCCUACUCUGGUUACCAAAACCCUGGGUGGCCGGGAUGCUGCCGACCCCCCAAGUCUGACGAGCAGAGGCUAAUCGGGGCAGCAGACUGGCCUGCUGUCUGCCUGAUCCACCAUCUCCCUAUCCCCUCAGAUAUCAAGGCCAUCCUGGACAGCCUGACGACCAGGUCGGGGGUAGCCAGUCCUGGUGGUGGCAGCCGCGCCACGAAUAUAUCAGCCACUGCACCCUCCAUGUCGCGCAGGCCCAGCUACCAGGUUUCGAGCCCGACUAGGGCGGAGAACACUGCUACGAGAAGCGCGGCGAUGCCGAUCUCUCCUAGGGGUCGAUCCGGUGGUAGUCCUCAGCAGGCGACGAUGGCCCUUGCCAAUAGCGCCUCUCGACACGCGACCGGGAGUGGUGAUGGGUCUGCGUCAUCGUUGCCGAAUCGAUCUGCUAUGGAUCAGUGCCAGGGCUCGCGCCGCCCGAAUACUGAGCACAGCGAGAGGCGCUCCGAAUCCACCAAUUCUUCUCAGCACUCGCCCGGCCACAGGAACAUUGAUCUCGGCGGAUCGGUGUCGCGCCGCAGUACCGAACGAAGAUCCUCUGUAUCUAAUGUCGCGGCAGUAUCGGUCAAUAAAGCCGCGAUGGAAGCCCAGCCUGCGCGACGGCGCACUCAGACGACCAAAUCGGACUCCCCUCCUCCCGCUGCCUCACCCGCGAAGAGCGAGCGUCCCAGCGCUGCUCCGCCGCCUUUGAAACGUGCCACUAGCACUCUGGAGAAGUCGCUCAAGGAGAUGAGCAUAUCGGGCGCAUCCAGCAACAGCAGUGGCAGUACGAGCUCCGAGACCACUAUCAUAUCGGACGGGGGUUUCACGGACUAUCUGUCCGACGAGUCUGAGGCGGAGCUGCAGCGGCAGGCAGAGGUCAGAGCUGCCAAGUUCGCUCAAAACCAGGCGGAGGAGUUGGAGUUCCGCGUUGCCCGCCAGCAACUCGCUACGGUCGAUCUGCGCCCUCCGAAAUCGUGGAACGGCAACAACAACGCUACCCCGCGCUCGCAGACGUCGUCGGCUCGCCCUCCCACGUACCGCCAGACCUCCGACUACAACAUGUCGUCUGGCAAGGCCAGUGUGGCGCAGGGAAGGAGCUGAUGGUCUCGAGAUUCUGACGGGUUGUCUCAGUGCUAAUCUAUGCAAUGCUUGGAAGGACGUCAUGGGAUCCGGUGGUGUACUCAUAUAAUCCUCAGCUGCAUUCCCCCUGUUCCACUAGCGACUCUGUAGCUUUGUGACGGUUUAGGGCAUGCUGCAUUUAUGUACACAAGUGUAUCUACUGCAAUCUCGGUAUCUCUGGUUGUAUGGUCUUAUGCUAUCCUUGGUUCUCGAUGA